GAGGAUAAUGAUCUAAAAUAACGACAAAUAAAAAGAGUACAUGUUGAAUGAAACAACAAUUCAGAGGGCAAUGCUUCUAAAACAAGGGCUAAUGAAAAAGCUUCUUUUCUAACAGACUGUGGGGUCUUCCUCCAGUCAGACGCUAGAAAAAGAUGGCUACAACCCAAUUAUAUUGUUCCAAGUACAAAAUGAAUGUGAUCUGAUUGGGUGUUGAAAAAUCUCAUCUGCUAGAAUAUAGAGGUUGAGUGUAAAACAAGCACAAUUGAAAACUGGUUGUCCCAUGUUUUUUUUCCCCGCUCUUUUAAGUUUUAUUGAAGAAUAUGCCUUUUGUUGGUGUGGUAGCUGGCGUAAUUCCUCCGAAAUUCGAAGCGGUGCGCGGCGCGAGCGUCCUUGGAUGAGCUUUUCUCUGAACGUAGACGGUGGUUUUAUGACGGUACGUGUUUGUUUUUGUUUUUGUUUGAGUGAUGUGGUGUGGGCAGGAAACCCAGAAGUAAUGGACGCUAUUCUGGAUCUUCAGCUUGUGGAGGGGAUGUCUGUUGUGUGCCAGGGUGAAGUCAAACUAAGCAGACGGCGAAACCAAGAUGGGCUUUUCAACACCUAUGUUUCGAUGUCCGCGGUGCAGCUUCGCAGAGGGGUGCAGUGGCAAGUCGAGCUGGAAGGGGACAGUGGGCGUGUCGACAGCAAUCCGGCAACAAACGAAAGGGUGCUGAAAAGGCUUCGACACGCCGAAAUUGUUCCCAGGGAACUUACGGAAGAAGAAAAGGCCAGAAUAGACACUAUGACUGCGGCUGCUACGGUGGAAACAUUUGACGAGUUUGGGUGCGUUGGUGCGGCCCGAGCUGCGUUGAACUUGGUGGAGGCCCUGGGCCGAAAGGUUCUGGAGCCGGAAAGCAUUAAGCAAGAGGAUAUCCAACGGGCAAUCGGACAUCUUGUCCCGAGAGGCAAAGAACAGCAAUUUUUCGACUCAUUUAUGUUGAGUUUAGAAUACAACAGCAACAAAAACAACAACAACAACGAUAACGACUACAACGACUACAAUGCUUACAGCAACGACGACGACGACAACAACGACGACAACGACAACGAUAACGACGAUGACAACGACAACAACGACAAUAACGACAACAACGAUGACAACGACAACAAUAAGCAUAAGAAGAACAAAAGCAAGAACAAGAACAAGAACAAGAACUAGUACGAUGGAUGGCUGGGAGCGUUCGUGAUAGUCAUGCUUUUGUUUGGUAAAGAGGAAAAAGAGAGCAGUGCUGUUCUUUUUCAGCGGCACAGUCACUCAAAGACAGCAAGAACAUCACGGUUCACUAUAGUCUUUGUCAUCUUCAGAUGUCAUCGUUGUUUGGUUAUCCAUAUAAUUCCAUCCUUCUAGUCCAACACUGUUGCCUUCAGCAAACAAAGACCGGCACUCUGAAUCAUAUACCCACACCACUUAUCCACC